AUGGCCUUGCCCCUGCUGCCGGGCAACAACUUCAACCGCAAUGUGGGAAAGGAGAAGUUCCACAAAUCUCAACAUUGGGGCUUUUGCAACAAUGUUGGGAUGCUGGUGAGUGAUGAAAAACCUGGAAUAGGUGGAGAACUGCUUCUUGGGCAAAAGCUGAAGCCUAAAUACAGUAUGUAUCCUAAAGGAACAGAGUCUGAUGUACCAUCAUGGGUAGCUUUUGACAAACAGGUAUUAUCUUUUGAUGCCUAUGUGGAAGAUGAAGUGCCUGAUAAAAGGCAAGAAGACUAUCAAAUAAGACGCUAUAAAAUUUACUUCUACCCUGAAGAUGACACAAUUCAAGUCAAUGAACCGAAGUUAAUAAAUAGUGGACUGCCUCAAGGAAUUUCUAUCCGGCGUCAUCGGAUUUGUCUCCCACCUCCUGAUGAUGAUCAGUUUUACACUGCGUAUCAUUUCAAUAUCAACAUAGACAUUGUCUUUUAUGGCCGGACGUUCAAGAUUUAUGACUGUGAUACAUUCACAAAAAACUUUUUGAGGAAAAUAGGAGUCAAAUUAAACCUACCAGGGAAGUGCCCAGAAGACCCUUAUAUGAAAUUUCGGAAAGAGAUGAAAGAUCGCAUGAAGCCCUUACGUCCCUAUCACUCCUUCGACACCCGGAAACAGUUCCUUGACUAUGAUAGGCAGGUUUUACGUUUCUUUUGCCUGUGGGAUGACACAGCCUCGGAAUUUGGGGAACGUAGAGAACUCGUCUUGUAUUACUAUUUGUCUGAUGAUACCAUUGAAAUCAAGGAAUUGCUGCCACCCAACUCAGGCCGCAGUGAUACGCCAUUGUGCCUUCAGAGGAGAAAGCUACCCAAGCAUGGCCCACCUGGAGUCUUUCAACCAGGUGAGAUAACAGAUCAGACAGUUCUCAACGUGUAUGGGGGCUACGCAGUGAGCCGAGUGCAUGGCUAUCUGUUGGAUCAAUGCAAGCUAGGAAAAGACGACCAGGAAUUUUACAAAGAUAGUGACCUGGCUGUAGGAGCCACCAUCAACGUGUGGGGAAGAAAAGUGCUCCUUUGUGACUGUGACGAUUUUACGAGGUGUUAUUAUAAGAAUAAAUAUGGAAUUGAGAACUUUACCUCGAUUCCAUGUAAGCCUCCACCUCCUCCAAAAAUAGAAAGGAAAUUUCCACCUUAUACUGGCUUUGGUUCUGAGGAAGAUUCUCUCCGCUCCUGCCUAAGUCUCAAGCCCACACCUUAUCGGAAGAACUUCAGGAAGUUCGCAGAAAAAGACAGUUAUGGAUUCAUAAGCUAUAUACUUCGAUUUUUCGCAAGACUAAUCACACAUAAAUGUGCUGAUGUGGACAGGAUGUUCAUUAUUUCAUAUUUUCUCAGUGAUAACACAAUGUCAGUGUUUGAAACUACAGAGAGGAAUUCAGGGAAUACUGCUGGGAGGUUCUUACACAGAACUCGUGUCAAGAGGCCUGGACAAGAAGUCUUUAAAAGUGAACUAUCAGAAUAUAUCCAACCUGAGGAGCUGUAUGUUGGAGCCAGAGUGAAUGUGAAUGGCUACAUAUUCCAUUUGCUCAAUGCCGAUGAAUACACUUUAAACUACAUGGAGAGUAAUUUAGAUAAGUUUCCACUGAGCAGCUUCGAACUUGCCCUAGACAAGCUGAAGGAAGAAAAAGGAAAAUCCAGAGAGGUCAAGCAGGUUUUUACAGCUGCUGACCCUAACCAUACAAAGGUGGUGAAUUAUAAUAUAUUCAGAGACAUAAUUAUGAGUAUAACUGUCGGGAAGCUCACAGACCAUGAGGUUAUAACCAUUGCACGUCACUAUCGUGCACUUGAAGACAUGGAGCCACAUGUGAAUGUGUUAAUUACAAUGGCCCACGGACAGCUCAAGAAAAAUGCUUUUGAGAAUUUUGAAAGACUAAUUGCUGUCUGCGAGUAUGAAGAUCGAGAAAAAAAAAAUGUAUUACCCAGCAAAGACAUGAGAAGGAUAUGCAAGUCCUCUAGGUUACCUCUGACGGAAGAUCUUCUGGUAACCUUACUGUCCAGGUUUGAAGACAGUGAGAAACAAGUAAAUUAUCAUUCAUUUUUCUCUGCCCUGAACUGGAGAACAAAUUCAAUGAUCGAAUGGGAAAUAGUGUUGUACAAUACAGAGAAAAUUGAAGAUGUGUGGAUGGGAUCACCAUCACCCAUUCCUGUGAGAUACGUUAGGUACAUGGCCCUUUUAAAGGAUGUGUUUGACUUGGAAGAGGAGUAA